AUGAAAGGAAAGGAUUUUCGAGUCACCCAACCGCCCCGCGUUAAGCCUGUCAGUAAGAUCUGCUGUGGUGUCAAAGCAGGCCUGAAUAAGACGAGGAGCUUACAAGCUAGGGCGGUUGAGGAUAUGAUUUCGAUUGUCUUCGAGAUGAGCUCUUUGCGAGAAGGCCUCUCCGAAGUGAGUUCCACGUGCAUCGUCUGGAGAUCUCAUUACGGCUCCUCCUCGGGUGCCCAAGAACGCGCCAUGCUGAACGACUUUCUUCAGAUUGACAGUGCGACGGAGGCCCGCCCUCAGAUAGCCUGUCUUGAUGGAGUUGGUUGGAGCGGUGUGUACGGGGGCAGAAGUCAACGUACGGUGGUCGCCAGACCAUCCAGCGCUGUGAUGUACCAAGUCGGCAACGAUUUAGUGAUUCAAAGAUCAAUGAUUCUACAGAGAGUCGUGUUGGACCUGCAAAGGGUUCGAUUCCAUUUUGUUCAAGAGCUUCGACCGCGGCAGCAUACUUCCGGAUCUUCGAACCACGAAAUCCCGCGGUGCCUUUCGGGCCGCUGGAACCCUGCCAUAGGUCAGGCUUUCAAGGCUUCGAAUGUGGUCGUUCUCCAGCUCGACAUGCGGUCAGGAAUAUCGGGUGCUUUGAAAGAAGCGGCGAGACACCUGAUCACGUCCAUCAUUCAUGGCUACGGCUCUGGAUAUGACACUUGCCUGACCUGCUGCGAAUACAGCGCUCGCCGAAGCCAUGCUUUGGAUGGGCCUGUUUCAGCACGGACCAAGGGUUUUCGGCUGAAGAGUAGGUGCUCAUUGUUGGAGUUGAGGGUCGCAUCGAAAGAUCUGACGCCUGCGAAGCGGCAUCAGAGAUCCUGGGCUGUUAGCUUUCAGCGUGAUCUGUUGUUGCUCGUGGUUGCUAUUGUCAGUCUCGGAAGUCAGUUUUUUCAAGCUUCGACUGAAGAUCUGAUGCCUGUCUGUCCUGACCGGUCGCAGGACUUCACAGUGAGCUGCAGAUCACUGUGGAGGAUGGUUGACCGUGACGAUGGCCCUAUCAUCUCGACUGGUUCGAUGGCGCUGUCUGACACCAAACUUGAGCUUCGUGCUCUGUCUUGGGAGAGGACAUACCUGGUUAGAUGGCGCUGUAUGGCACUGAACGUGACCUUUGGGCUCCGGGCAGCAAAAGACGCUUUUUGGUCAGGUCAGAACGGGUCUUUGGGACCGCAAGAGGAGGGCAUCAGAUGUUUUGGUCCCAACCAGAGCACUGGAGCCCGCAAGCACAGUCCACAACAUCCUGCCCGACAGUCCUCGAAAACGUCCUCAACAUCCUCCGCAGCUGAAAGGCGACCAAUUACUCGUCCAAGCAGAAUCAUGAACCAUAAAAUACCGCCCCCCGCGCCCUCGCAAAUGCUCGCCAAUACUACGGUUCAGAACCCCAUCGCUCAGCUCUUCGUAAUUCAUAUUCCCUUCACUUCCAGAGCAGUGCAUCCAACGCUCUGGCGAACGGGACCAGCGCUGACAUUUACAGGUGUCCAGGAAUCAUCUUGCAAAGGAAAUGGCAAGGCGGGUGUGGGGAGGAGGAGCGCCGUAUGUCUCGACACAUUGGAUCGAUUUGAUUGCCAUCGUGGAAAGCGCCGCGCAGUCUGGAACGCACGGAUUCUCGCUGGCGGACGAUUUCUGAUUCGAACCGUUUUGGCAAAUCUUCUGAAGGUCUUGCUGCUGUCUGCCAUUUUUCUUCGUUUCCGGGUAAAUUAUUGUCCUGGGACAUACAUGACGUUUGCAGCACGAACGCUUUCUCGGUCGUGGUCUGGUUCUGGACUACACACAAGAAGAGCGGCGAGUCAUUUCGUGUUCACGACAUCUUCCACGCUCGUGCCACCUUGUGCGUUCAAGAACGUCGCAAAGAUGACAUUCAGCUUGUCUUUCCAGACCCAGGGAAUAGACAUUUCACUGGGAGAUCCUGUACACUCUCAACUUCGAUCAAAUAUCGAUCGCAUCGAGAUCGCGAGGUCUACCGUAACCGCGAUGCGACUCUAUCAAGAUCCCAUAGAUCAGAGAUCGGCUAUACUAGUAGUCCUCGGAGAGAGACCCUCCAUAAAUAAGCACGAACACUAUCUUCAAGGCAAACCACCACAAAUGUCCCACACAAUCCGCCUCACCUCUGAUCCUCACCGUUCGGUGAAGCAAACCGCACAAGAAGGCCUCCUCUCCAACUCCGACCCCAACCCACCACCUCCAAAACUCCUCACCGAACAUCCAUUCCCUCACACCAGCGCCAAAAUCUCUCUCGCACUCACACCCCACCACCGAAACCCAGACUCUCCACUUUCCACCAACAGUCCCAUCCUCCUGCCUAGAACAUUUCAUCAGAUCUAUGUACGACGUCAACAAGAAAGCAUCUGGUAUUGGGUCCAUGUGCCGAAUUUUACGAUCGCGGAUCUCGUGGAUUCUGUAUCUUCUGGUGGGAAUUCGCGUACGGUGAUUGAGGAUGAUUUGAGAGAUGUGCCGUUGAGUCGGAUUCGAAGUCGAUUGGGGAUUUUGGAGGAGGGGGAUUUGAGGUUUGCGUUGUAUGAGGAUUUGGAGGGUUGA